GUGCGGUGCGGAGCCGACCUGAGCCACGCCGAGCGGCGCCAAGCGAGGCGGCCGGACCUGGAGCACCCAUGCUGCUGACGCUGGCCUCGGGCUCGCUCUUCUUCCCGGGGCUCUUCGCGCUCAGCACCUGGGCGCUACGCCGCUCGCGGCCCGAAUGGACCUUCUCCGACUGCGUGAUGAUCGGUACCAGGGUGGUUUCUUCAGUGCAGGCUGUGCUGGCCACCGGGUCAGGGAUCCUUAUCGUCCGCUCCUGCAGCAACGUGAUCUCAGACAGGCACUGGCUUGCCCGAGAAUAUGUCUGGUUUCUAAUUCCAUACAUGGUUUAUGACAUUUGGGCCAUGUACCUUUGUGAGUGGUGCCGAACCAGCGACCAGAACCUCAGAUGCACACUCAUUUUUCGAAACUUCCUGAGUCAAAACCGCCUCAUGAUCACUCACCAUGUAGUAAUUCUGUUAAUCUUGGUGCCAGUUGCACAGAAGCUCCGGGGAGACCUUGGGGACUUCUUUGUUGGCUGCAUCUUCACAGCAGAACUGAGCACUCCAUUUGUAUCAUUGGGCAGAAUUCUGAUUCAGCACAAGCAGCAGCAUACCCUUCUCUUCAAGGUGAAUGGAAUCCUCACACUGGUUACGUUCCUUAUUUGUCGGAUCCUCCUUUUCCCCUUCAUGUACUGGUCCUAUGGCCAACAAAUGGGACUAAGCCUGUUUCAAGUGCCAUUCAAUAUCCCUUUCCACUGCAAUGUGGCCAAUGGCUUCCUCAUGGCUCCCCAGAUCUACUGGUUCUCUCUACUGUGUAAGAAGGCAGCUCGGCUCUUUGACCCUGCCCAAGCCAAAAAGAAUGGUUAAUUGCUCCCAGGAGGCAGGGUGCCUCCUCCUCUCAGUAUUCCAUGGACCAAAUUGUGCCCUGGACGGCAGAUGGAUUUGA